AUGUCUACCUCUUCGGGUCUGCUCUAUGCGGCCUCAAGAAUCGAUCCUCCAUCGAAAAUAUCAGCAGAUGUCUUCAACGCCUGGUAUGAUGGCGUCCAUGUGCCUGAUGUCCUUAAGACCUCGGGAAUCAACACCGCAGUCCGCUAUGAAACGGCUGUAGUGCCCCAAGACAGUUCCCCGUGGGCGUUCCUUGCUCUCUACCCUGUUCCAGACAUUGAGUUCUUAAACACGGAGGAGUUCGCGAGCAUUCCAGCGACUAGUGAUGCUCUGCCGGGGCCAACACACAGUUGCAUGGAUAUAGCGCAGUUCGAUAUCAGGCGAUACCGCGAGGUCGGGAAGCGACACGACUUGGAUAUGCCAACAGGACCAACGUCGCAUCUUCUUACUGUGGAAUUUGACUUGCCUUCACACAUUGACAUAUCUGAUGACCAGGCUGUACUGGACUGGUUCUGUGGGAUAUACAGUGGUGGCACGCCUCAGCGGGUUGCCAUUCAUGAAGUCUUCUGGGCUAUGUUGUACCCGAACGAGAAACCAGCAGAGGUGCCACGUUGUUUGGCGGUGCUCGAAUUCCACGGCGAUGAGAAUGUGUACGAUGAAGCCAUCAAAGAGAUCCAAUUGGUUGCGAAGGUUGGCCAAUGGAAACUGCACAAGGCCUUUGGCUGGCCAUAA